AGGGCAUCCAUUUUCGAUUUGUGGUUUUGUAAGUUUUAUCUGAGAUUUUCUAAAAACAAAAGCAACGGAAAAUAAGAGCCUCGAUAAAAAUGGCAAAUGAAGUUAAAGAAGAAAACAUAACCGACAACAAUAUCGGUACCAAUCUUAAAAAUGGUGAAACUUUUAAACGACCGUUAGAAGAAGAAUCGCCACAGAAAUCUAAAAAACGUAAAAACGAACAGAAAAGUAUAAAUUUGACUGAAAAAAACCCAAUAUCAGUUCUAAAUGAGCUUAGAAUCGGGUUAAAAUAUGAUAUUAUUGAGCAAAGCGGUCCUUCCCACAACCCAAAAUUUAAAGUAUGUGUUGAGGUAGACGGUGAAAAAUACUUCGGAAGCGGGAAUUCAAAGAAGGCUGCCAAAUCUGAAGCUGCUACAGAAGCCUUAAAAUCGUUUAUACAAUUUCCUACAAAUGACACGUUUAUUUCCACAAGUCCCUUAUCUGGCACUAAAAUGGACUUCACUUCUGACCAAGUUAUUAAUAAAAAAUCGGAAAAAUUGGGCCCAAAUGAUAAGGACUCUGCGGUUAAAGGUCCGUUAAUGCUAUUAAAUGAGCUAUUUCCUAAUGCUGAGUUUACUUGUGUAUCAGAUGAACAUAAUCCUUAUACAAGGUUUAAAAUAUCUAUUACAAUUAAAAAUGAAACAUUUACUGGAUCAGGACCAAACAAAAAAUUGGCUAAAAAUGCAGCUGCAUCUGCAGCACUAAGUAAACUUAUCAACUAUACAAACCCCCAUGUGUUAAAUAUGUCCGUUGAAGACUCAGUAUUCCAAAAUGCAGAAUAUCAAGAACUUGCAGAUACAGUUGGAGGAUUAGUAAAUUCAAAAUUUGUGACAUUAAUGGAAAAUGAUACUGUACAUAUGAAGAGAAAAGUAUUGGCAGGAAUAGUGAUGACUAAAAAUGGCGAUUUACAAAAUGCUGAGGUAAUUUCUGUAACAACAGGUACCAAAUGUGUCUCGGGAGAAUAUAUAAGCAUAAAUGGGGCAUCUCUAAAUGAUAUGCAUGCAGAAAUUUUAUCAAGAAGAUGCUUAAUUAACUAUUUUUAUGAUCAAUUGGAAUUAUUAAAAACUGAAAUAAGUGAUUCAUCUAUAUUUGAACCAAAAAGCGAUAAAAAAGGUUUCAAACUCAAAGAAGGCAUAGAGUUUCAUUUAUAUAUCAACACAGCUCCUUGUGGAGAUGCUAGAAUCUUCAGUCCACAUGAAGAACAUUCUUCAGUGGAUAAACAUCCAAAUCGAAUAUCUAGAGGCCAGUUAAGGUCGAAGAUAGAAUCAGGAGAAGGCACUAUACCUGUUAAAAAUGCUGCUGCUAUCCAAACUUGGGAUGGAAUUGUGCAAGGGGAAAGAUUGUUAACAAUGUCUUGUUCAGAUAAAAUUUGUCGAUGGAAUGUGUUAGGCUUACAAGGAGCUUUACUAUCUUACUUUAUAGAACCUAUUUAUUUAAAAUCCAUUAUUUUAGGGAGCUUAAUGAAAGAAAGUCAUUUAUUCAGAGCAAUUUGUGGAAGAAUUGAGUCAUCUCUACAAGGUUUGCCUCCCCCAUUUUUACUGAACCGACCAAAUAUGAUGAGACUUACGUCUGUCGAAGUAAGACAGCCACAAAAAGCACCCAACUUUUCCGUUAUUUGGAUAACAGGAAUGGAAAAACCAGAAGUUGUAAAUGCUAAUACUGGAAAACCGGAGAAAAGUAUAUCUAUAGUUAGCAAGCAAAGCUUAGCUACUAGAUUUGUUAAACUAUUUGGGACUUUAAAUGGUAUACCAGAUUGUUCAAAAGUACCCAAUACACUAAUAGAAGCUAAAGAACUAGUAACAAGCUAUAACCAAGCUAAAAAAAGUCUUUAUGAAUCAUUUAUUAAAGAACGAUUGGGAUCUUGGGUGUCCAAACCUAUUGAGCAAGAUAUGUUUGACAUAGUGCCAUCUUAAUUUGAUUUCACUUUAUAAUAUGUUUAGAUUACAUAAAUACUUAUGUGAUUCCUAUUAGUGAAAGAUGUUGGAUAAGAAAAAGUGCGUUCAACUUUAUUUUAUAUUUUGACAGUAAAUGUAAUGUUAAUAUUUAUUUUCGUUUUUUUAAUAUACUGAG